AUCAUCCCAUCUACAUCAUUUUAGCUUUGUAUCUCAUAAUACCAAGCUAAAUAUAGUAAAAUGUGGUGUGCAUCUCCUUCAACAAUUUUAGCCCUAGGGCUCAUUUUGGUUACCUUAGUUAGCCAAUGUUAUGCUAAUAACCAACUAUAUGUUGGCUACUAUAGAGGAAAAUGUUGGCAAUACAAUGUUGAAGAAAUUAUUUUCAAUGUUGUUAAGGCUAAAUACGCUAAGGAUCCUACUAUUGUCGCUGGCCUUAUUCGAUUACAAUUUCAUGAUUGCAUUGUUAGGGGAUGUGAUGCAUCAGUUCUCCUCGAUGGACCAAAGACAGAAAAGACUGCAAAACCAAAUCAAAGUCUAAAAGGUUUUUAUGUUAUCGAUGCUGCAAAAGAAGCUGUUGAGAGAAUCUGCCCAGGAGUUGUCUCUUGUGCUGAUGUGCUAACUAUUGCAGCUAGAAGUGCUGUCUUUUUGGCGGGAGGUAGAUGGUACUACGUAGAAACAGGAAGACGAGAUGGUUUCAUCUCAUCUAGAAGUGAAGCCCUUGCAAAUCUUCCAUCAGAACACAUAACAACUCGUGAUGCUAUCCAAUUAUUUGCUUCUAGAGGAUUAAGUAAAGAAGACUUUGUUGUUCUUCUAGGAGGACAUUCUGUUGGAACAACACACUGUGACAAAUUCAGUAGUCGUCUAUACAACUUCCACAACACCGGUAAACCAGAUGUAAGAAUGAAUUCCGGAAUGCUCUAUGCUUUGAGAAGAAUGUGUCCAAGAAAGAGUGGUUCCAACAACAUAGUAUACUUCAAAAAUGCUCCUACAGGUCAUUACCAAAUUGACAAUGCUUACUACAAACAACUAUUGGUAAACCAAGGACUUCUAGAAGUUGAUCAAAAUAUAGGAAGUUCUCCACUUACUAAUAGUAUUGUGAAGAAGCUGGCUUAUGUUCCAGGCUACUUUGACAAAAAAUUUGGUCAAUCCAUGGUUAAGAUGGGAAGAAUUGGUGUUAUUACUGGAAAGCAAGGAGAAAUUAGAAAAUAUUGUGGUGCAAUUAAUCACUACAAACAUUGAUUUUAUGUUCUUCUUUUUAUUUUGGAUCAAUAUUUUUAUUUUUUACUAAUUACUUUUUAUGUGUUAUAUUUUUAGUGAUUUCCUGUUUGUCCUACUAAGUAACAUAUCUUUUUG